AUAGCGGCAUCGGUCUUUAAAGAAAGGAAGUUUGGAAGUUUAAUUAAGAACCAGGAGAGACACGUUUUUUAGUGGUUUAAUACAAAGGUGAACGAGGAAAUGACGAAAUUUCCAUUGGUGGCGCAAUGGAAUGUAAACCGGUGUUGUGUGUGCACUCCGGACGGUGGGAUUCUGUAUGUUGGAUCUCGAAGUAUUAAUUAUAUAGGCCCUAUCGAAAAUGAGGAAAUAGCUCCAGACAUAAAGUCCUUCCACAAUAAAAGUGUUCCCAUAAGCAUAGACAUUGAUCCUCAUUGGGGAGAAAAGGAGCAAGGUGUUGGUGCCAAUAAUGAAGCAAAUAAUUCGAAACUUUUUGUUGUCUUGUCGCAGGACAAUUCUGUACAAAUAUGGGAUUUUAACAAAGGUUGUGCUCUACAAGGUCAUAAGGCUCAUUUGGCUUGUAUGCGGUAUAUGGAAGGAAAUGGACCAUAUCCACAACAUGCAGGUGAUGUUUUUAUUAGCUAUAUGGUCAAUCGAAAUGUUCUAUCCGUGGAUAAUCAGGACAUUGUGGUCUAUUGCGUUGCUUCCAAUUCUUUUUGUCGGCGGCCUAUGUUUAUUUCACCGCGAAACCAUCAAUUGACUGCAAUGAAAUGUUCACCUUUCAACGAAAAUCACUUUGCGGUGGGUACCAGUAGAGGACUGGUUUUACUUUGUGAUUUGCAAAAAAUGAUAACAUUAUACACACUACGCGGCCAUGAUGCAUCUAUAACAUCUUUGGCUUGGAAUCGUGUUGCGAACUCGGAUCUUUUUCUUGUCAUCGAGGAUAAUAAAGAAAUUAAAUUGGAAAAAUCUCGAAUGAAACCCGUAAAAUUGACCAGGACGGACACCACGAUUAUUGACGCUGACGAUAUCUUUGACAUAUACGACUAUGACUAUUUAGACAAUGAAUUUGGAGCUGCUCCCCAGAACAAGGUAGAUCCAAUUUCCGAAUUUGUUGGAAUUGAAAAAUCCAAUGAAUCAUCGGGAACUGCUGCGGAAUUUGAUUUUGCUGAAGCCUGUCAAAGUCUUAAGGAAGAAAUUAAUGCCUUGAGAGAAGAGCAGGGGCAAGGAUCCCCUGACCAUGUGUCCGUCUCGUUAGAAGAUUGCAAGAAUGCUGAUGUAAAAGACGACACAUCUUCCUAUGACAGUGCUACGGACAAUGAAGAUGAACAUCGCAGGUCUGGCAGCCUUGUGCGUUUGGUUUGUGGGACACCGUCAUCUGAAGAAAGUGUUAUCGUAGAUGGGAUAGAUCGUAUUUGUGCCCAACAACAAGUUGUAUGCCAGGCGGAAGUUCACGCGGCACUGGUGACCGAUACGAAAACACAUAAUAUGCCAAAUUUAGAGGAUGAGGUUGUGAUGACAGCAGAUAAUACUCUUGGCGACGUUCUCUUAGCUUCAGUCAGUAAUGAUGGUGCAUUAUAUAUUUGGAAUGCCUCAACAGGGGCUACAUGUGAUCAUCACAAAAUUCGUGGACCUCAUGCGGGUAAAACCAAGAAAAAUACCAACGUCGAAGUAUGCUGGUUUAGUUCUACCUCAUUCAUAACGUCAAACAAAGCUGGCGAACUCCAGUUAUGGACCAUGCAGACACAGACGAUGAAUAAAUCAAAAAACUCAAAGCUCGUAGAUCCGCAAGUGAAAAGAUACAAAUUCAUGGAGAGCAACAAGCGGCGCUGGCAUCAAGGCUCUAUUGUUUCGUUUGCGGCUUGUCCCGCACACCAACUUUUAUGGUGUAUAUCUUCCAAUCGCGAAAUUUAUCUAGAGGAUAUGACAAUGAAUAGAACGAAACUAAAAUACGGCUGUGUUUCAACAAAUAUAGCAGCUCUGCGUGAAUGUCCAGACGAUAUGAACAAAAUUGCUUUGGCUUUCUCCGACAGAAGAAUUGGAAUCGUUGACAUUUCAAAGUUGUCACCUGUUUUAAUACAUAUCGAAAAUUUUGUACAGCGGGUCGAAUCCUGCGUAACAUCGUUAGUUUGGAGUCCAGAUUGCAAAAAACUAGCCUACGGCACUUAUGAAGGAAGGAUUGGGGUGAUUUCGGUUGAAGGUGGUCACAAGCAGCCACCUUUAAUAUUCAAUUCUGUGUGCGGUAAAACCAUAUAUUCAAUAUGCUGGCAAGACAGACACCUUUAUGUGGUAUGCAAUGAUUGUAUUGCAGUAUACGAAGACAAUCCAAACAAGAAGGAUGCAUACGUAAUACCUGAUAUUUCCAUGGUGUCCGCUCUAUCCGUGAGGAAUAAUUUUCUGUUUGCUGGUACACAAAACGGUCGUCUUCGUUUAUACGAACGCAAAUGUAGCGAUCAGUCAUUCCAAUUGGAUUAUGAUUUAAAAAAGGAAUUAGAACUCUCCUCUCGGUACAUAACUGACAUUGUUUGGAGCCCCAUUGCCACCAAUAAAUUGGCAGUGAUAUCGAAUGCCAACAACAUACAUAUCCUAAAAUUUGAAGAUGAAACUGGAUCUCUGGAGAUUGUGCGUAAAAUUGAUAUUAAAUCAGGCAAAGCGGGAAACUCAUGUGCCAAAUGGAGCAACCGAAAUGAAAAUUUGUUAUUGACUUGCGGAUUUGAUGGGGCAAUUCGCGUUUGGGAUUUAUCGUCUGAAGCAAAUAAUGAAAGUUUCGUCAAGUUAUAUCAUUGUCCUAUGAAGUGUGGUCUUUUUUUGCCCACUGAUGAGGAUGUGUUGUUGUGCGCGGGUACGAGCACCUCUUUGGAAUUUAUUGAUAUGCGUGUAGAAAAACAGGAUGAAAGUUCUAAUAAAUCAAAGCGUUCGAAUCCGCGUACUUUAGACAACGUUCAGUGGGCUACUAAGGCUUCAACGCGACACGAGAGCAAACAAGGACAAGGAGAGAAAAAGCAAAUAAAAGGUAUGGAUCUCAAACCAAGUUGCUGCGCAGAGCAAAAAAAUUGUCCCGAUCAAAGUGAUCCUUCUAACUGCGAUGAUGUUUCCAAAAUGUUGGAAAAACUCGAAUUACAAAAGAAUGAUAAAAUAGGCGGAUGCACUUCAAUUUACAUGAAGAUACCCACUACUUUAUUAUACCUCACUACAAAGGAGCUGAACAAAGAUGCUCUAGAAAUAAUGUUCAAUCUUUUGCAAGUACCUGCAAGUGACAAGUCAACCGAAAAGCAGUCGCUGUGUGCCAAAUUAUUUGGUUCAAAAGCAGAAGCUGCGCAGCUUUUGUCUGAAGAACUAAAGAACCACCAAAAUAGCGAAACCAAAGGUAUAUCAAACCUUUUCAUGCCCCAAUUGAAUGGCAAUAUAAAAGAAGAAAUUCUUAGAUGUGUCCAAACAAAACAGCUGUGUGAAUGGCACGUUUCAAUCGCUCCCAGUAUUUCUUAUAGUUUUUGGAAAAAAUGCUGUCAAGCCUAUGCCGAACAAUUGCAAGAACAGGGCUAUACAUUGCAAAGUGUUGUGUACAUGUUGGCUAUUCACUUGGAGUGUGAUGCCAUAGAGAUGCUUCUGAAAAAAGCCUUUUUCAAGGAGGCUCUUUUAAUAGCACGCAUUUAUUUACAACCAGAGGAUCCUUUGAAUGAUAAGAUUACCGAGCAAUGGAUAACUCACCUUUACAAUAAUGGAAAUUUAACCGGUGCUGCAUUGUUGUGUCUGCUAAGUAAACAGAAUAAUCGUGCCUACGAUUGCCUUGUUAAAAUCCGUAAUACUGGGGCAGAUAUUGAACGAGUUAUUCGAUUAUUGAAGAAAUCGGAAAACUGAUUAUUCCAUUCCAUUGGGUAAAUCAUUUCGCUUGGUAAUAUUUUCGAAGGGCAGGGCAAACAGUUGACAGCUUAUGACUGUCGAUGCAGUUUUACUCGCCUAUCGUUACGCUUAAUUUAAUUUUUGGUUCCAUAAAUUGUUUUUUAAUCAAAUGAAUUUUUUAAGUUAUACAAAAUCUCUCAUUACUCUUUUGUAUGGAUUCUAUUACCCUAUAUAAUACAAUUAUUUGAAGAAUGAAAGAAAUAAAACAAAUUUUUCUGAAUUAAAA